GGCAGUGCAGGGUGGCCUUUCGAAGCGCGGCGAUGUAGUUGUUGAUGGACUCACCUUCUGCCUGAUCUUGGUGGUAGAACGCAUGAUGGGCAGCAAUUUUGGAUGGCUUGGGCGCAUAGUGGUUACGGAGCUUCUAUUUGAGCGUGUCCCAUGGUGUUGCCUCAACAGCUAGAGGCGCGACCAAGGCCGGGGCUGUCUCGAAGACCCCGGAGCCACAAAAAGGCCCCGCUUCCGUUCUGUGGACAUCACUAUCAGCUCAUUUGCUUGGAGAUAGCAGGCAAACCGAGCGAGGUAAGCAUCCCAUGAUUCAGAGGCUGGUGCAAACGGCGGUAGAGGCACGAAUGAAGCCAUGAUUCCGAUGCCAACGUGGAGGGCGAUGGAUGGAAAACAGUGCUCUAGCCAGAACAGUGCUCUAGCCUAUUUCAGUGUAUCUGAAGAAGUGUGCAUGCACACGAAAGCUCAUACCAAAAUAAAAACUUAGUUGGUCUUUAAGGUGCUACUGAAGGAAUUUUUUUAUUUUACUUCGACCCAGACCAACACGGCUACCUACCUGUAACUAGCCAGAACGGUCAGCUCUGAAUUGGUUCUGCUCAGUGAUUCCGCUUGGUGAGCGUCCGAAUCUGCCUGUGCUCUGAUGUCCAUCCAUCCCAUCCUCGUCGCCAGUAUUAAAUAGUGGGUAGACAACAGAGCGAUUCUUCAAGAAGCUCUUUAUUCGGAAGCCAGAACAGAACUGAACUGCAUUGCAGAGCUGGCCUGCUUUUAUAGAGGCUGGCUCAAACAAUGUAUCAAACAUAAUUCAAAGUUCCCUCCUAAAACAACUGUCAAGGACCUGAGGGAAAACUAUAUACACUAAUACAUAACAUCUUUAAAAAAUAAUGACUCAUCUUUUAUGUCAUGUUUUCAGGGUUUAUUUUAAUGUGUAAGAUGCCAUGUGGGUGUUUGUUCUAUAAAAUUUAGCACAUUAUCUUUAAAUGAUAUAGAACAUGGAAACUACAUAUUUAAAAUGUGUCUACAGGUUGCCGUGUUACUAAUGAAUUCAGUUUUAGGAUGCUAUUUUAGGCUCUGUUCAGAUGCUUUCCCAAGACAAUUGUCCAGUUCAUACGGUCGAAGCAUGGGCAGACAUUUUCUCUUCCUGUAUGCAUGAAAUACUAGGUUGUUUACUCUUUCACCUUUCCCUGAGGGGAAAGAAUUGCACAAAUUGGGUUUAUGCAGAGAUGAAUGUCCACAUGGACUGUCUGCACGACACAUUAAGUUAUGAGAGUAGUGGAGGGCAUUGAAAACCGAGGAUGCUCCUUUACCACAAGAACAAGAUGAGCAGCCAAGGUAAGCAUUUGAACUGAGCCUUAUUGUUGUUUAUCUCAGGAUGGAGCAGAUCAGAAAUGUGAAUCAGCUAAUUAAAUAAAAUAGAGUCUUGUUCACUAUGGUCAAUUCUGUUGCUUACCUUGGCUGAAGAUUCAGUUCCUGUGGUGGAGGAGCAGGCUUUCACACACUGCUCCCCCAAGCUCAUAAUGGAUAUCACAUGCGCAACAGCCUAAAUUAUGCACAUUUCCCUCUUUCAAACAGUAAGGUAAAGAUAAAGGGAUCCCUGACCAGUCCAGUCGUGACCGGCUCUGGGGUUGUGCGCUCAUCUCGCAUUAUUGGCCGAGGGAGCCGGCGUACAGCUUCCAGGUCAUGUGGCCAGCAUGACAAAGCCGCUUCUGGCGAACCAGAGCAGCACACGGAAAUGCCGUUUACCUUCCCGCUGUAGCGGUACCUAUUUAUCUACUUGCACUUUGAUGUGCUUUUGAACUGCUAGGUUGGCAGGAGCUUUUUAUAUACAUAAAAAGUAUAUGUACAUGCAUGAAACAAUAAGAAUUUGCUUUAUUAAAGACAGAGGUGAGGGCUUGUGCUGUUCAAGGUGUGGCAGAGAACUCUUUUGCAUCCUUACUUCCUGUUCUCACACCACAGUACCCUUGUCCUCCCACCCAACUCAUUGCGUGCUGUUUGAUUAUUCGAGUUAUGCUGUUUUAUGGUUUGAUUGCUGUAACCUAUACAGACUUUAGGCUGACACUUUAACUGACAUUAGAAAGUAGAGGUAGUUUUAAUCUGUUUAAUAUUUUAACUUCUGCAUAUUUUAAAGUAUGUUGUGAUUUUUUUCUUGAUUUUACUGUUUUAUCUUUUGUAGACCGCUUUGAUGUUAGUUUACAAUCAAGUGGUGUAUACAUUUUAUGAGUAAAAUGAAUAGAUAAAUUAACAUUUUAAAGGAAAACAACCUCUUUAUAAUAUUUAAUACAAUAAUUGGUUAUAAACUGAUGCUAUACAUCAGGUGUAGAGAAUUUGAUGUUGCAGACUACAACUCCCAUCAUCCAUGGUCAUUGGCUUCCUGGGGCUGAUGGACAUGAAUAGUUCAGCAACAUCUGGAGGGCCAAAGGUUCCCCAUGCCUAUUAUGCAUGUUUUUCCCUUGGAAAACCAGGAGAUGCAGUCUUGUCUGACAAGUAAAUAUGGCUGCAAACAUACUUACAGUGGAGUUAGUUCAGUUGAACUUGCGAUGUGUGUCUGGUGGUAAAAAAUAGUAUGUGUAUACAGUCAUACCUCUGGUUGUGUCUGCUUCAGGUUGCGUUUUUUCAGCUAAAGUAUGCGGCGGACGCAGAAAUGUUUACUUCCGAGUUUCAUCGCGCGUGCAUGCGCAGAAGCGUUUGCGCGCUUGGCGCAUGCGCAGAAGCGCUUUAUCAGUGCUUCGCGCAUGAGCGGAAGCGCCGCUCCAGAUACGUACUUUUCAGGGCGAGAAUGGCACCCCGGAACGGAUCAGGUACGUAUCCAGAGGUACCACUGUAUAUGUACUUAUUACAUAUAACUAGUGUAAAAUUUAAGUAGAGUUCGUCCUAAGAUUUCCUGUCUUUACUGACUAUAUUAAUUCUUGACUUUGUAAGAGUGCUGUGGGGUGGGGGGGUGGGGACCAUGUGUUUGUGUGUGAGAGGAGAAAAGAAUAUUUGUAAGAGUUAUAUAGGCAUGGCGCAAGGCGCUGAAACAGUAAGCAUACCUAAUGAGUCAUAUUUAGACAUAGUGAAGCUGGCAUUGGGGAAGAACUGCAGCUGCUGGGCUCAAGCAGGUGCAGUUGGGGGUGUUAUAGGGAAAUCUGAGAUGGGGGAGAUUGCUUGCUUUUUAGCAUAGAGCUGAAAAAGCCUGGAAGCUGGCUUUUAAAUGUUGGUUCUCUUCCCUCCACCACCCUGCUUGCCUCCUUACAUAAAUUUAUGCCCCGCUUCCUCAACUCCCACCAUCUUUAAAAAAAAGAAAGAAGAUAUCUAUUAAUCAGCUGUAGAGACCUGUGCAAAUUCAUGGGGUGAUAUACGAACCUCAGAUACUUGGAACAGUGUAUUUCUUGGUAUCUGUGUUGAAGGCAAAAAGUGCUGCUAUGGUCAAACGCUGCAAAUUUCACUCACUAAAGCCGUAGACAAAACAAAAUUAAAAAAAUCCUUCCAGUAGCACCUUAGAGAUCAACUAAGUUUGUCAUAGGUAUGAGCUUUCAAUAGCUAAAAGUUCACAGGGCUUGACAUACUGAUAGACUCAACUGGAACUGAUUUUCAGUUCUAGGGCCAAGUCCCCAUGUGCCUUAAAUACCAGUAUUAAAAUCCCCUCUUAUCAAAGGAUGCUUACUUCUGUACAGCCUAUCUAGGAUUCACAGACAGAUAGGAAGUUGCAAUAGUUGAGAUCCCCAACCAUUUGGGGCCUGAGGGUAUACUGGAAAUUAAGAAACUGUCAUGGUCUUCUCAAAACACCCAUCUUGAGUGGGCACGAGGAUGUCACUGUUCAGACAAACCCCCCCGCAAAAGACACAACAUCUGCAUACACCCUAAAGCCGAAAAAACACAGGCAAAAAAGUAGGCCACCACCUUAACCAAACAGUUCCUCUAACCUCAAUUUAAAAAGAAAAAGGGGAGGGGGGGUCUUGGCAGAUGGCAGCUGGGGUGAGGGUGCCAUGGGGCCCACAGAUGUUGGAGUCACAGCUAGGAAGAAUUCUGGCUGCCUCUAGACUUGACGAAAAAUGGUCCUCAAAUGCGUUUGGAGUGUUGAAACAUGUUAACAGGACUAAUGGGAAGUGUACAACCUCCUGAAUAACCCCAGCUAAAGAACUUUGUUAUGUUCAUUUUUAUGUUUUUGUGGAUGCAGCUUUGAUUAAGUAACAGAGUCAGAGAUAAGGCGUAUGGCUAGUCUAACAUUCAUGAAGGUUGAUCAUCCUGGAAAUAUAUCUUUCUACUGCCAUCCUUAUGGGCUACCUUUUUUUUUGAGGGUGGGUGAUGAUGUCUGGAAGCAGAUACUUUAAAAAUCCUUACAUAACAAGCUUCCUUUGAAGUACUUUUAUAUAUUGAAGUCAGAUGCACUUGUCGCAAAAGCUGGCACCAGGAGUCUGUUCAGCGCAGGUGACCAAUCAGAAGUCAGACUUUGGUUUCCAAAUGCUUUGGAAGUCGAAGAGACUUCCGGAACGCAUUCUGUUCGACUUCCAAGGUACGACUGUAAUGUGUGUUUAUGCCUGAGCAGAUGGUUGCUCCUCAUUCAGUUGCAUGUUAUUCCAUUCCAUUAUUCCAUUGCAUUUCUAGCAACCCCCCCCCUUUUCUCUGGAGAGCUCGAGGUGGUGCACAUGGUUCUCUUCCUCCCCAUUUGAUCCUCACAGCAACCCUGCGAGGUAGAUUAGGCUGAGACCUCUUUGUUGCAACACCUGCACCAGGAACCUAUGGGUACUUGGGUGUAGACAUGUAGGACCCUCUGCAAAUAUCCAUUCCAGUGUGACAUGGGCCAAGUGCAAUCCCAUCCCUGCGUCUGUGUACAUCUAUACCUGACAAAGGAGGGAAGUCAUCAGUGCAGGAGCAGGAGACUAGAGGUCCCCUAAGGUGCGCAGAAAUGGAACCCCAGUCCAUUUUGAAUGUUCUUCAUGAGGCUGCUUUCCGGUGUGCUCUGUUCAGAGUGAUCCCACUAUAAGAGGCACACACAAUCGCAGGGGAGGUUAUGUUUUACCUCCACUGACGGAGGCGAUAUGCUUCUCAGUACCUGCUGCUGCGAAUUGCAAGUGCGGCUGUUGCUUUUGUACUCCAGCCUUGCUUGUCCACUGAGAGAACAGGACAUUGAACUCGGUGGGCCUUUUGUCCUGAACCAGCAGGAGCUGCUCUUCUUGUGUUUGCAGAGAUGCCAACUUCAUUUCACCUUGCUUCAGUGGCCCCCCCUCCCACUGCCUGAGUUACAGUGGGUGCUCUAGUCCAGUUUUUAGAUUCUCUCCCCGCAUGGCUUGGAAAUGCGUUGCCGGAUUCUUGGGCUCCAUGCCCUGUGUCAAUGUGGGAGUGCCUGCGGGUGGACGCUUUAUGUCAGGAACACUUUUUUUGCACCUUUAAAAAUAGCAUGUGUGCACGACAGCUGUAGGACUUUGUCGCUCAACUUGAAAUAGUAAUCUUAAACAGAGAUAUUACCGUGCCCUCAAUGAAAGCGAUUGGCAGAAACUAUUAUUAUCUUGUGUGCUGCUCCCUUGUAGGGAACAAAUGCUUUGCAGCCUCAUUCUCGUACAAAUCCUUAUUUUUCUAUCUAGAUAUUUUGCAAAAUACCUUGCGAAAGUUCUGUUCGUAAAGGUGGAUAUAGAUUUAAGACACAUAGCUGUAAUUACCUUUAACUUCUGUAUUGUGAAUUAGUGUUCCUGUAGUCACCGCAUUUGUUGAUUUGAUUUGAUUUCUUUCUGGAUCGCCUUUCCACAGUAAGCUGUGCUCAGACUACCCUUUAAUAAACAUUCACUUCGCAAAAUGAGAAGCAUUAGGGUGGGGGAAAGAAGCAAGUUUACAAAAUGUAUCAAUCGAUUCAGAUAGCUGAAUAUGCCUGCAUUGUGAGGGGUUGGAAUAGAUGAUCCUCAGGGUCCUUUUCAAUAUUCUAUGAUUCUAUGAGAUAGGUUGAAAAUCAAUAAUACAGCAUACAGAAUAAACACACAGGUAAAAAAAGCUAAGGAGCAAGGUAGUUAUACCCAUUUUACAGAGCGAUGACUGAGGCUGAGGAGGAUUGACUUGCCAAGGGCACCCGGAGAGUUUGUAGCUGGGCUGGGAUUUGAACCUAACACUUCUUCAGUUGAAGACUGGCCUGCUGAAGUGCUUGCUAGCACUUGCAGAGUAAGAAAUAAGGUUGAGGAAAAAAAUUCCUUGCCUUAGGCCACCCAGUGAGUUCAGGGGUGGGUUCUCAGUUCAGGUUGUGGCUGGGCAUCCUCUCUGCUGGAUCUGUACAGUCACUCAACCGUUAUCCUGCUGCAACUAUUAUCAGUAAAUAGCACACAGUCUUUUUCUCCCCAUGUUAGCUGCUUCCAGUUCUACUCCACCGACAUACGCAAUUUCAGUUAAUUGACUUUUCUCCCCCAGUUGAAUUUGUACAGUAGGAUUCGGGGCUAAAAGGGAAAAGGGCAUUGUUACUGAAUAGCUUUUAAAUGACAUCCUGCAUAACCCCACCAUUAAGACUUCAGGGAAUAUUUCCAGUUCUGUAUCCAUCUGUGUGUAUACCGUGAGCUACACUUUGAGGUGGCGGGAACUUUAUGUGCAUGGCAAGAUUUGGAAAAAUUAUCGUUAGUUCAAUUAGUUCAGCUCCUCCCUCGGAUAAGCACGUAUUUCUUAAAAGGGGAGGGGGCGGGGUGAGAGAAAUCACGGUAGUUACAGUUCAGUGUUUGUAUGAAAGGCAAUUUAGUUUUCUAGUAACAACAUUUCCAUGAUGCUUUUAUAUAAAGGUCAGUGGUAUGUAAUUAUGUGGUGGACCAGUGGCAGGUGCUGUGUAACAGCAAUUGCUGCCUUACAUGUUAAAUGUAAUAAUUAUGCUAAGGAGCUACUUUGAAAAGUGUAGGAGAAUAUAAUGCUUGUACAAAAUUUUUUACUGUUGCACUUGUCAUAACAUCUAAUUUAGUAAUACGCAUUAAGAGUAAACCAGUGUUUUAAUUUUGCAUUGGAAUUUUUAUGCCGGGGCUAUUCAAAGAAAAGGCGUUUUGUUGCAAUGCUUUUGCAUUUGUAUGAAUUCAACAUUUUGCUGCGACGUAUUGGCCUGUAUAUUUAUUGUACAGGCAGAGCUUGGGCAUCUUUUUUUGCUUAGGUGAAAAGAUGCCCACUGCUUGCUUCUAGAGUACAGAAGCAUUUUACAGCUAUCAGCAAAAUAACAAUAAACAAAUAAAUGGAGGACAUUGUAAAUUUGAGUCUUUGAAGGGUUUCUUUUUUAAAGGAAAGGAUGUGAUGCAAAGCCCCUUGAGAUUUCCCAUUUAUCAGAUUUCGUAUUAUUUUUAAAUAAAUAAAAGCUGUGAGUGAAAUCCAAUCCGGAGUCGAUGGACGUGAUGGGAGUUAGUUUCGCCUCCCUCUUUUUGCAGCACUCAUGCCCCAGUCUGCGUAAAAGGGUUCCCCGCCGCACAGAACAGGUUUCAGAGGUGCAUGGCGGCUGCAGGAUGGAGGAGAGGAAAGGUAAGUCCUGCUUGCGCAAUCAUAAGUCUGUGUUGCGCACUCAGGACACCACCACUAGAUAGCACCCUGUGAGGUGAAGGCUUUUUGAAAAGCAAACAAAUGCUGUAAUAACAUGAGACAGUCAUAAUACAGACCCGGCUCUUUUCAUUUGCAGUUUUGCUGUGCUGCAUUAAACCUGACACCCUUCCCCCCCCCAAAAAAACCUAAUCAGGAAAAAAUUGAAAACAGAUGUAUUAAUCUGUGAACAGGUUUAGCAAGAGGUAUGAAAUUGUCACCCAGUUCACAUUUACUCGAGGGCUAAGUCCUUCUCAGUGAGGUUUACUUCUGUGUGAACACACAUAGGAUUGCAAUGCCAGUGCGGCUGAGUAGGAGAGAAUUUGUGGGCAUCUAGGAUUUGUAAAAUGUGGUGCAGAAACUCGACAUGGUUCUAAGAAGUAUCACAACACUGGCUCAAGGGGUGGCUUGCAAAGCACAUGCUUGCAUCACGAGAAGUGUAACUGUUUACAUCUCCUAUUUCCUGCAGCUGGAAUAAUACAGUGUAGAAUGGAUGGCAAUGAGGGGAAGGUAUGUUUAAGCAGUCAGGUAAGAGAUGGUACUGACCUCAAGUCUGGAAAGGAAAUUCUGCACCUGGCUCACUUUAUCUAAUAAAUUGCCAGUCUCUAUUUCACUUUCUAUAUUGUAAACUGCCUUGUCAUCUUCACAUGAAAGGCAGUAUAGAAAUUUAAUGGGUAACAGCAACAACAACAACUAUGGUCGCUACAAGUGGGUCAAGGUCUGAUGCAAGGUGGGCUGCGAGAGGAGCAUUGCUACCAGGCAUAGCUGCCAAGUUUUCCCUUUUCUCACGAGGAAGCCUAUUCAGCAUAAGGGAAUUUCCCUUAAAAAAAGGGAUAACUUGGCAGCUAUGCUACCAGGUAUCUGGUAAAAGAUUAAGAAAUGGGUCCCCAAAUGCCUGGGUGGGUUUUGGUUCUGUGAAGGCUGAAGUUACCUGCUCUAGGCAAUUUGCACUUGUAGAAAUAAGUUGAGGGGAACACUCCUGGCAGCUCACAUGGAUCUUAAUGUUCAGUUUAUUUAUUAAAACAAUAUUUCUAAACCACCCUUCUUCCAAUGGAUUCCAGAGAAGUGAACAAUAGAGAAAAGUUACUCGAAACAGCAUGCCGAUACAAUGCAAUAACAUCCUUCACAGUAAUUUACAGGCUGAGGCUAUAAAAGACAAUACUGUACAAGCAAAAAAAAAACAGGCUGAUGCAACAGAAACCCUUUAAAAUUCCAGGGCAGAUGAAAAGGUCUUGACGAAGGAAUCGGCUUUUCUAAAUGCGACACGAGGGUUCAACUGAGUUGGUGGGAGUGGCAAGCAGUCAGAAAUGAGAAGCCUGCCAGGUGAUGGGCACUGUGACAGAGUGGCAGAUGGUUCUCCCAAGAUACAGAUGAAGUCAGGGUGUGAUGGUGAAGGAGAAAAUGCAGGAGCAAAGUGGUGCAAGGGAAAGAGUAGCUGGGGAGUGGAUCGGACAAACGGUAACUUGGCACGAUUUUAUUUACUUAAAGAAUUUAUGCCACCCAGUAAAAAAGAAGAAGCACUGGGCAAAUUUCAAACUUGACAGAGCUGGAAGCAUUGUUGGAGGCCCGAAAUGAAGGCAGCAGACACAGGUUCAGCAAAGCAAUAUGUCAUCACCACCUCUUCCUCUUCUGCUAAUUUAGUGUAAAUGGGAUUCUUGUUAUAUUCCAUGCCUCUUUGGAUUGUCACAUGGGGUGGAGGAGGUUAGAGUCACUCAGAGGUUGCUGUGAGUGCAAAAUGAGGAUUUGUAGAUUUCUCUUGCAGAAGGAUAGUUUGCAGAGUGCACACAUCUUACCACAGUGGAGGUAUGUCUGCAAUUCCACUUGGCUGCAGUACAGGAAAUAAAAAAAAAGAAAAGGAAAGUUUCUUCUCUUCCCCCCACCCCCAUAUAGUGUCUGAAGCUGCUCUAAGAACACAGCAUCUUAUCUUUAAAAACUACACGAGAUUCGGAGACAUUUAUUCUCUUAAAGCUUCCAGGCUAAGGCUUGGAGAACCCAACCGUCACCAUUGAGGCCAGCAGCUGGAGCGGCAGCGAGAGCCCUGCCGAGGACAUUGAAAGAAUGAGUGAUUCUGCAGAUAAACCAAUUGACAAUGAUGCAGAAGGUGUCUGGAGCCCAGAUAUUGAGCAGAGCUUUCAGGAGGCACUAGCUAUAUAUCCCCCUUGUGGGAGGAGGAAAAUCAUAUUGUCUGAUGAAGGCAAAAUGUAUGGUAGGAAUGAACUGAUAGCCAGAUACAUCAAACUUAGAACGGGAAAGACACGGACCAGGAAACAGGUGUCUAGUCACAUACAGGUCUUAGCAAGGAAGAAAGUUCGAGAAAUUCAAGCCGCCAUUAAGGUGUCUAGUCACAUUCAGGUUCUUGCCAGAAGGAAAUCUCGUGAUUUUCAUUCCAAGCUGAAGGAUCAGACUGCAAAGGACAAAGCACUCCAGCACAUGGCCGCUAUGUCAUCAGCUCAAAUAGUAUCUGCAACAGCGAUUCACAAUAAGUUGGGCCUGCCAGGAAUUCCCCGUCCGACGUUUCCUGGAGCACCUGGAUUUUGGCCAGGGAUGAUACAAACAGGACAGCCUGGAUCUUCACAAGACAUAAAGCCAUUUGUCCAGCAAGCCUACCCUAUACAGCCAACAGUCGCAACUCCCAUUUCAGGGUUUGAACCUGCAUCGGCUCCAGCCCCCUCAGUUCCUGCUUGGCAAGGUCGAUCUAUUGGAACAACUAAACUCAGAUUGGUGGAAUUUUCAGCUUUUCUUGAACAACAAAGAGAUCCAGAUUCUUAUAACAAACACCUCUUUGUGCACAUUGGGCAUGCCAACCAUUCUUACAGCGAUCCGUUGCUGGAAUCGGUAGACAUUCGCCAGAUUUAUGACAAAUUCCCUGAAAAGAAGGGCGGCUUGAAGGAGCUGUUUGGAAAAGGACCUCAGAAUGCCUUCUUCCUCGUAAAAUUUUGGGCGGACUUAAACUGCAACAUCCAAGAUGAUACAGGAGCAUUCUAUGGCGUAACUAGUCAGUAUGAGAGCUCAGAAAACAUGACAAUCACCUGUUCCACCAAAGUCUGCUCGUUCGGGAAGCAAGUAGUAGAAAAAGUAGAGACUGAAUACGCACGGUUUGAGAAUGGGCGGUUUGUGUUUAGAAUAAACCGCUCUCCAAUGUGUGAAUAUAUGAUCAAUUUCAUCCACAAGCUCAAGCAUUUACCAGAAAAAUAUAUGAUGAACAGCGUGUUGGAAAACUUUACAAUUUUAUUGGUUGUAACGAACAGAGACACACAAGAAACCCUACUUUGCAUGGCUUGUGUAUUUGAAGUUUCAAACAGCGAACAUGGUGCACAGCAUCACAUCUACAGGCUUGUAAAGGACUAAACAGUUAUUUAUAGACAUGUUUUGUUUAACUCCUUAUCAAAACACAGACUGUCAACCUCAACACUAAGUGGCAGUUCCUCUGGCUGAGCUUUCCCCUACAUUUUUCUAAACCUCAUUUUAGUGUGUCAAUAUAUAUUGUAGCUGUGAAAUUCUGGUACAGUUGUACAAAUUCUUUCUAAAACAAAGUGUUCUUCAAAUUUAUAUAAACAAAAACAAAAACCACCGUUUCUUGGGAAGACUAUAUUUAAGAAUUUCAAGGCCUUUGUGGAAGUUUUAAUUUUUGUUGUUGUUGUGUUAGAAAAAUAUAAGACAGAGCGUUUGCCAUGGGAAAACUUAACCGCAAUUAUAAGAGUUUAUGAGGUGUUUUGUCUGAAUUAAUUUUUUAAAAACCCUGUUUUUAAGAUGCUAGUGAAAUUGAAAUGAAUUUUAACUAUAAGCAUAAAUUAGCACACAAAUUCUUCUUAGAAUUAUCUUCAUAACUGAUUACUGUGGACGAUACAAACGAAUGUAAUUCACUAAAUUAUUUUAUAACUGCAACUCAAUUUCUGUUUGAAGCCAAAUGACAAACAUAGCCUUAAAAAUGCCUGAUGGGAGCAGACAGGUCCUAAAAGUAGGCAAAAAAUAUUAUUUUUCUUUCCUCUGUAUUAAAAC